AUGAAGCUGGACCUUCGCCGGAAGGAUGCAACAAUCCUUGAGUUGGGCCGGCAAGCAGGAGCUCUUAAGUCCUCGAACGCCUGGCGUUCAGUGCGCAGAGCUUCUUUGGUAGAUGAGGCACGCAAAUCGGCGGGGCUCCGAAGCUUCAAAGAUUGGCCAAGGAAGCCAGAAAGGCCGCUGACAAGAGGUGGGCCGGCCGAAGUCACAACUUGCAGUGGUUCGCAGUCGCCUCUAUGCAAGCUGCAGACUACAAGGAGCGGGAAGUCGAUGCUUUCAAGCACACGAGCGCCUACUACAGUCCUCAGGACACAUGCAACUCUGCUGAGAGCCAGACCUACAUCUGCCGACGGCUUCGCAGCCCACUGCGAUGGACAAGCUCAAGGCUCGCCUAUUCGGACAAGGCGACCGGCCCCUGAGCCAGGGGAGGAUGGAAACGCGAAGCUUCCUGGGCCGACAGCGCGGGUUUGCAUUCAGCGCCUUCGCGGCUCCAGACUCCUUCACCCCGUGAGACUCUCCCCGGUGCAGGCCGCAUCUGCAAAUGCGCUGCGUCACGGUGUUCGCAGAGGACAGCUAGCACAUGUCUCCAGAGCGCAUCCCCGUCCCAGUGCACCGAGGGAGCUGCCUGCCUGUGAGCAUGCAGAAGAUGCGGAGUGCCCUGCGAAAACGGUGACCAAGCAGAUGCUGCGGCCGCACCCUGAAGAUUCCGAAGGCAGCACAAGCACAUCCUGCAGCGAGGAGGACAGUGAGACUGACGAGGCCCGCUGCAGGAGGCAUUGCAGUCAUCAAGUCAAGCCGCAACAUGAGUACUUGCUCAAGCUGGACUUGACUCUUGUCUCCAAGCAUAUGGCCACCUCUGUACUUGAAGGCCAGAGUUGGGAUGUCCAGAGGCACAAAGUGUUCUGCCCGUUUGAGAAGGUGCUACAGUCCCUCAAACUCCCAGAGGGAGACCCCCUGUGGCUUGGUGGUGCUCUUCGGAGGUCAUGGCACCGGCUUCUGCCCGGGGCCGUGCUCCUGGUCCCACUGGCACUGGCCCUGUGGAUGAACUCUGGAGCCGGCGACGAGAAUCUCGAAGCUUGUGCCCUUACCCAUGGAUCAACGAAACUGCACAUGCUUUUCUUCUAA